AUGGCAGUGGAAACGGCGUUGCAUGACGGAGCUGCCUCCACGUCAGAUGAAGAGGAUAAAGCGUCCGCGUCCCCUCCAUCCGUGUGGGAUCAGCGACCCACCAAGUACAAGAGUGUGCUCUGGUCUGUGUGUGGAUAUGUCCUUCUCAUGGAACUGGCUGAACGAUUGAGCUACUAUGGCAUCAACCAAGGGCUCAAGAACUUUAUGCAGAUGAAGCUGGGUUGGUCGGCCGUGUCUGCAAACAGCCUCAAGAGCACGUGGACAUCGCUUGUGUACAUGUCUCCACUCAUGGGUGCAUACAUCGCAGACGAAAAGUGGGGACGAUACCCCACCAUCACGACGUUUGGCAUGCUGUACCUCGUGGGCGACGGCCUCCUCGCCGUCGCGGCCCAUCCGUCCGUCCUUGCGCACCGCGACGUGGCCGAGGGCAUCUUCAUCUUCGGACUCUUUGGGUGCAUCGGCUUGGGCACGGGCGCGAUCAAGUCGAACGUGAUUACGCUUGGGGCCGACCAGUUCAAUCCGACCGACGCGUCGGAAACCCAUCAAAAAGCUACGUUUUUCAGCUACUUUUACUGGUGCAUCAACUUUGGCGCAGCGUUCGCGUACGGAUACCUGGCGUCGCUAUCCGUAAACGGAUCGUCCAUCGUCCCAGUGGACUUGGGGUACUUUGCGUGCUUUGCCAUAUGCACAUGUGUGAUGGCGUUGGCAUUGCUGUGUCUGCGACUUGGCCGGGCCAGGUACAUCCAAGUGCCGCCGUCGUCGGACGCCAUGUCCCAACUGGUGCGCGUGCUGUGGCAGCGUCGCACACGCAACGUCGCUGCCAGUCGCAUUGUGUGGGGCUUUGGGCUGUUCCUGCUGUCGUUCGGGCUCAACAUCGUCGCAGCUGUCUCCGUGUCGGGUCGGGUGGUGCUGAGUCUCUUGGCGGGGGUAGCCAGCUCCGUGGCCAUUGUGUGUUGGGUCGUGUAUGGCCAACGGCAAAUUGGCGACGAUGACGACGAUAACGUCACUCAUGAUAACGUCAUUGUUGAUAACGUCAUUGUUGAUAACGUCAGCGCCAAAACGUCGUCAAGUGCACGGGAAGAUACGGACGCCGUGCAAAAGGUGGUUCGGAUACUCCCAUUUGCAGCGUUUACGAUCGUAUGGGGUUGUGUAUCGGACCAAAUCGACGCCAACUUUCAGUCCAUCACGCAGCAAUGUGACCUCCGUCUGACCGCAACGACCCAAGUACCAGGGGCGAUGCUGGGCAUAUUCGACCCCCUCGCGAUCAUCGUGCUCAUUCCAGUGCUCGAGUCGGGGGUGUACCCCCUCUACGAACGGAUCACCCUGUCGCCGCCGACGGCCUUUGGCAAAACGUCGGCGGGGCUGGCCCUCGCGGCGUUUUGGAUGUUUUACGUAGGUUUGUUUGAGAUAGUCCGACGGCGCAGUGGGCCCGUGGACGGAAACGCGCGAGAUGCAGGCAGCGGCAGUCCCAUGAACAACCUGCAUUGGGCGUGGAAUGUUCCGCAGUAUGUGGGCGUCGCCCUCUGCGAAUGCUUGAUCAACGUCACAGCGUACGACAUCUUUUACACUGAAGUGCCGCUGCAUCUUAAGAGCACAGCCCAGGCAAUCAACCUGUUUACGGUCAGCAUGGGCAGCAACUUCACGUCCAUCUUCACGCUAGCGUUUGGUCAGUACAUUCCGAAUGACCUCAAUGUGGGACACGUGGAAUACAUGUUCUUUGCGGUGGGCACGCUGGCCCUGGUCAACGUGGCGGCGUACAUCGUCGUCAUGCGACGGAUGCAGUUCGGGAUGUCCGCCUCUGGGUACGGACUUGUCGCCGCCUCGGACGACGGCACCGAAGAAAGGACCCUCACCGCCUCCGAUAUCUCGUCAGAUGCCGACCGCGACACCGCGUGCUCGAGCGACGAUGAUCACCCUCACUCCGUGUAA